CUUGUCGGCGAGUCGCGCUAGUUCUGUAUGAAGGCAGGCAGAGCGGGCGCACCGCGCACGACCAUCAAGAGGUUAUCGGAAUAGAGUCUGCAUUAUUCCGCGAACCCGGAUGUUGCGACCUCCUGCCCGACACGCGACUAUCGAUGGCUCCGAUGACUUGAGCCUUCUAUCGCGUCCAAGUACAGUAUGCCGGGUCGUAUACAGAACAAGGCCGCGCUCAUUACUGGUGCUGGAUCUGGUAUUGGUCUGGAGUCGUCGCUCCUCUUCGCACAGGAAGGCGCGAACGUGCUUCUGGUGGACAUCAACCUCGCCGCGGCGGAGAAGACACUCGCGCUCAUCAAGGAGCGUUUCCCCAACGUCAAGGCGGCUGCGAUCAAGGCGGAUGUGGGCAAGGAGGAAGAUGUGAAGGGCGCGGUAGACAAGGCCGUCGAGCUGUUCGGCCGCUUAGACAUCAUGUUUAACAAUGCAGGCAUCAUGCAUCCCGAGGACGAUAACGCGCUCAACACCGAGGAGCGCAUCUGGGACCUCACGAUGCAGAUCAACGUCAAGGGCGUCUGGUGGGGCUGCAAGUACGCGAUCCUCGCCAUGCGCAAGAACCCGACCGACGAGGCCCUCGGCCUGCACACGGGCGGGAGCAUCAUCAACACCGCGAGCUUUGUCGCGCUCAUGGGCGCGGCGACGCCGCAGCUUGCUUAUACUGCUUCGAAGGGCGCCGUCCUCGCAAUGACUCGCGAGCUCGCCAUGGUUCACGCCCGGGAAGGCAUUCGACUCAACUCCAUUUGCCCUGGUCCUCUGAAGACGCCCCUCCUGAUGGAUUUCCUCAACACGCAAGAGAAGCGCGAUCGCCGCCUUGUCCACCUCCCCAUGGGCCGGUUCGGGGAGGCCGUCGAAGUCGCCAAGGGCGCCCUAUUCCUCGCUAGCGACGACAGCAGCUACAUGACGGGCACCGACUUCAAGGUCGACGGUGGUCUCAGUUCUUGCUAUGUGACGCCGCUUGGCGAGCAGGCCCUUCCCCCUCCCCCUAGCCUCGUAUGAUCGAGGGCUGAAAUGCUGCCCACUCUGGGUACAACAUGUGUACUCUGCUCCACAUCAUGGCGUGUCGUAUCCGUUCAACCAAUGUUGUACAUUAGAAAUUACAAGUACAGAAUAGAUGAUCAUGCGCAAAGCUGCUAGUGUCAAUGCGAGCAACCGUGGGCGUUAGUGGAGUUCCGUUCGUGCAGUAUGUAUCGAGCGAUGCAACUCGUCAGAUCAGGAUUCAGUGUGCCUUCUUGCCUUCGACAGCCUUGAUCCUGGCGAUCUCCUCGGUGAUGCCCUGGUGCACCGACUUCUGAAGCGACGGGUUGUACCCGAAGAACUUGAAGAGGAGCUCCAAGUGCACGAAGAAGGGGGCAAGGACGAGAGCGCCGAGCAGGUUAUCGAGGAGAGCAGGGGCUCGGCCCUCAGCCAAGAAGUGGCCAGCGAACUGGGCGAUCCAAGAGACUACGUGGACGGCAAGCGCCUCGUUGAAGCUGUUCGGCUUGUGGGAGUAAGCCGAGGCGGUGAGGACGAUGAGGACGUAUUCAGGAGCGUAUAUGAGCGCCGCAGUAGGUUCUAGGGCGAAGUAAUACGCCCAGUUGGCUAUCCCCCAGAGAGCAGACCAGUUGAAGUCGAACGCGAGGUAUUCGUUGAACUGGGCAUGGAUCUGAGGGAAGGAGGAAGGGACGGGGAGACGAGAGCCAAGGACGAGACCAGUCCAGACCAGAACGGGAACGAAGAUCAUAUGAAUGGCAACGUUCACCGGGUUAUCAUGGUAGGCACCGUAGAAGAUGAGCUGCUUCUUCACGUUGAGUAGGCCGGACAUGGCGCGUUGGCAAUGAUACAGACGGAGGAGAUGGU